AUGCCUGUAGGAAGCAAAGAAGACUCUGAAACAUCACAUCUGCAAAUUACAGUGCCACAGAAGCUCGGAACCACCACCAACGAUAUCGAUGUUUCAGAAACACAAGUCAUUUAUGCCAUCCAGAUUAACAGGAAAACAUUCUCUCUCCAUCUUAAAAAACAGUCAUUUUUACAUCCUCAUUUCCUGGUAUAUUCAUACAAUAAGUCAGGAAAGUUGUAUCCAGAUUCUUCAUUUGAAAAGGGGCAUUGCUUUUAUCAAGGAUAUGCUGCAGAGAUUCCAUUUUCAGUGGUGACACUUAGCACCUGUUCUGGACUCAGGGGAUUAUUGCAGUUCGAGAAUAUCAGUUAUGGAAUUGAACCAUUGGAAUCCUCAGCUAAGUAUGAGCAUAUGCUUUAUCAAAUAAAGAAUAAAGCUGAUUUUCUCCCCUUACAAGACAAUUAUCCUAUGAUCCAUUUGGGAGAUGAGGCGUACAGGAUUCUGGGGAAGUCAGAAAAAAAGUCAGAUGCUGUACUAUUGAAAAGAACUCUGAAAAUACAAAUCAUUAUGGAUAAAGCCUUGUAUGGUUAUAUGGGCUCUGAAGUGGCCGUUGCAACUGAGAAAAUUGUCCAUAUCUUUGGUCUUGUCAACACUAUGUUUUCCCAGCUGAAACUGACUGUUAUGUUAACAUCUUUGGAGAUCUGGUCAGAUCAAAAUAAGAUUUUAUGUACUGGGGAUGCUAAUGAACUACUACAAAGAUUUGUGUCAUGGAAAGGAAGAAAUUUGUUUCAUAGGUCCCACGAUAUGGCAUUCUUGUUGAUUUAUAGGGAUUAUCCUAAUUACAUGGGAGCAACAUAUCAUGGAAGGACAUGCGAUCGAAGACUUGCUGUAGCAAUUGCUCUGUAUCCAAAGAGGAUGUCUUUAGAGGCAUUUUCAGUAGUUAUUGCACAGCUGCUUGGAGUUAAUCUGGGAUUAAGCUAUGAUGACAUCUAUAAUUGUAACUGUCCAGGAGCUACAUGCAUUAUGAAUCCUCAAGCAAUACGUUCCCGUGGUGUAAAGUCUUUUAGCAGUUGCAGUGUGAAUGAAUAUAAAGGUGUAGUUUCACAGCCUGGAUUUGAAUGUCUUCAAAAUCAAACCAUUUCAAAAGUGGUUGUCCAAGGAAGACUAGAAGCAAGCUGUGGUAAUAAACGUUUGGACACUGGAGAGGAGUGUGAUUGUGGCCCUCCAGAGAACUGUAGUUUUGCAAAAUGCUGUAAUCCUAACACUUGUAAACUGAUUGGAGAUGCAAAAUGUGGCACUGGAAUAUGCUGUAAUAAAAAAACUUGUCAGGUGAUAGAAAGAGGACAUAUAUGUCGGAAAGGCAUAGAUCCAUGUGAUUUUCCUGAAUUUUGUAAUGGAAUUUAUGAGAAUUGUCCGUUGGAUGUAAAAUCUGCUGAUUUAGAACCAUGCAAUAACUUUACCGCCUUUUGCUAUAAAGGAAUAUGCCGAGAACCGACUAAACAGUGUGCAGAGUUAUUUGGAAAAUUUGCUAAAGGUGCUGCGUAUGUAUGUGUAGAAGAAGUGAAUUAUCUCGCAGAUGGAUUUGGAAUCUGUCUUCACAACAAACGAUGUCAUUUUCAGGAUACCUUUUGUGCAAAGUUAGUUUGUCAAUGGACAAACUCACGGGUAAUAUCAUGGAGUCCAUUUGAUAUUCAAUAUACUUACCUUAGAGGCUAUAUAUGUAUGUCAGCAAAACUGAGAGAUCCUUUAUCAGUGGGAGAAGUGGAUGUAACCCGCGUAGCUGAUGGCACUGUAUGUGGUGAAGAUAGGGUUUGUCUGAAUGGAUCUUGUCAACCUGUGGGAACCCACAAAGAUGGUCGACUCUGUAAUGCCACAAUAAUUUGCAGUGGAAAUGGGGUUUGCAAUAGUGAAUAUACUUGUCAAUGUUUUCGUGGAUUUGCUCCUCCAAAUUGUAGAGAAUAUCCAACAUCACCAGGAGGAAGUCUCUAUGACGGGUUUUGGGUAUUCAAUGCUGACAAAAAAGUUGCAUACAUGCCUACAACAUAUCAUCGUUCUGGUCUUCAAAAAGGUGUCCUCUUGUUCAGUGUCUGCCUUUUCCUAUCUUUCCUUAUUUUAAUCGCCAUCAUUGCUCUUACAUGGAAUAAAAUGAAAUUUUGGAAAAGAGAGGGAACACUAAGUGAAGGAACUACUAGUAUGUUAGAAGACAGCAGUGCUGAUAGCAGCAGGACAUACACAGAGUUAAAGGUGAAAUGA